UGGCUGGGUACAUACCGCGUGUCACGCGGUCACGCUGAAGUCACGCUGAAGACCCAGAAGCGUGGUUUGCAGAGGGACACACCAGAGGUUUUUAAUGCAUACAACAUGAAGGCUGUUAACAUCUUUACUCUGUUGUGUCUUACUUGGGGAGCUGGUGGUUCUGGCGUAUUUAAGUUCAAGUCCUACGAUGAAAAUGCAAAAGAUGUCAACGACAUCCUGGAUAUUUUGAUGCGGCGUCGGACACCAGAGAGGUACCAACCAGACUCAUAUUUCCACAAAUAUGGCAUCAGUCUGAGUUCAAAGCUAACCUCUUUCUCCUACAAAGACUGUGGAGAUCCUUCAACAGAAACAGCAAGACUACUGGACCUAGAGAUAUCUCCCGACCCCAUCGAACUUCCGGGGGAAAUACAAGUUGCUUUCAAGGUUGUGAACCUGCAAAGAGCCGAGUCACCCAUAAAGACUGACGUAACCCUGUGGAAGAAGGUCCUGGGCAUGUGGAUAGAAGCACCAUGCAUGCACAACAUGGGUUCAUGUAGCUACAGAGACUUCUGUGGGUUGCUGGAACGAAUCCCGUGUCCACAAGCUUUCAGAAGAAACAAAAUACCCUGCAAGUGUCCCUUCCCAGCUGGAAACUACACACUUCCAACCACUAAGUUUGAAGUCAACCUGUCAACGGUUCCAAGUGGAGACUAUUGCAUAAGGAUCAAGAUGGGCUCCUCAACUCAAACUUGCUACGAGAUAUACCUUUCAGUUGACUGAUCCAGGGCCUCAUUUCACAAAGCACUAAGGUGAUCGUAAGUCACUAAGGUGACCUUAGUGCAAUGUUACAGAAUGGGAGUUAAGGUUAACCUUAGUAAAGCUUCCUUCGUGAAAGGAGCCCCAUUACGAUAGAUCGAUCACCCAACAAUUAAUUCAAGCUUUGAUAUCUGAUUCCUCGUAAUAUGUGUUAAAGAAGGCGUGCACGUAGUGACCGUAAGAUAUAACAAUUGUUGCAGCGUCGUAUGUAUUUUCUCUCGUUAGUUUCAAUCUAUAUUGUCAGUGUGACCGAGCCUCUGUCAUGUUAUAAGUCUUGUACUACUGAUGCAAACACCUACGUCCAUUGUAUCACAUUGAAAUUCUUGCAUUAUUUGAAUGUCACUCAAUAAAACACGCAGAGUACAAA